GUACUUAAGCGUAAAAAAACAGCAGAAGAAGUUUUGUGUUUUCUUUAACAGAACCAAAAACUGCUCAACAAACACCGGCCCAAUCAAACAUUACUGGAUUUAAAGAAGAGCUGAUCAUGGAGGAAUAUAACUCCGGGGAGGAGAUCCUGUUUAACAGUGAUGAGGCCACUGCACCAAUUAAAGAGUGUAUUGAGGGAGUGAUUGGUGGAACAGACUAUAACCAGAACAAAAUCAACCAGUGGACUGCCAGCAUCGUGGAGCGCUGUCUGAACCACUUUGUAAAACAAGGAAGAGCCUUCAAAUAUAUAGUAAACUGCACCAUAAUGCAGAAGAGUAGUGCCGGUCUUCAUACUGCAAACUCGUGCUACUGGGACACUGCCACAGACGGGAGCUGCACAGUGAGGUGGGAAAACCGCACCAUGUACUGUGUGGUCAGUGUCUUUGCCGUUGCAGUGGCGUAACAUCACAAGACCUGUUUUUUUUUCCCCCUCCCAAGUUUUAUUUUGCCUGAAGCUAGAAUUUAAAAAAGGCUCAGAA